ACAUAAGUUGAAAACACACCCGAUCAAGAAACCGUUAUUAAAAUCAACCAACACUAAUAUUGAACAUCAGUUCAAAAAAUAAUCUCGUCGGAAGAACACACGUUCUACACGGAUUCCGAUUCAACUUCGAAUCAUUAUCGGAACUUCGAGAGAAACAGUUCACAAGCAAAGAUAGAAAGACUAAAGCCAUCAUCACAAGGGCAGCGAGGGCAAAACCAAAGGUGUUUUUAUAAAAACCAGGGACAAAAUCCUUGGCCGUACGAAAUAAAACAGAGGACUUCUUAAAUGCAAGGAUAGGUCGAAAAUUACCAGCUUGGAAUAUAGUGCAGCAAGCUAAAAUUUUUGAUUCAACAAAAUAGACUGCAAAACAAGAAAGUAACCAAAAUGGCAUUUAGCAGACAAUUGAUGGACGACUUUCCAGCAUUAUCGCACAUCCCAAAACUCCCAAAUUUUCCAUUCUAUGACAAACUCUCAUCUUCAGCAUACGUACCACCACCACCACACGUUCCUUUACCCGGCAUGUCGGUAUUUUCAAACAAACGUCGUCACAGCGAAGUCGACUUGUCCAUGCCGCCGGUAAAAUUUCAGAAAAUAUCGCCACCAAUUUCACCCAUUGCGCCAUUACCUUCAUCUCAUGAUUGUUCGGUGGAUUGUCGUUACUGCUCAAGCCUGACUAAUUUGGAUAUCGCGGCUUUCUAUUGGUCCAUGUUAGCAAUGCGUGAUUAUCCACAAAUCAAAGCGCACUCUGAAGGUCGAAUGGAUUUAAAAAUCCCUACUCCUCCUUCACCUACAGCUAGCAUCGACUUUUCUAAGCCACCCAGUCCGUCCGGGAGUUUGUCUAGCAUGGAUUCUGAGCCACUGUCACCCACUUCCUCGGUGACAAGUGAAGGCUCAAGCAAUAAUUUGGGUACAAGAUACAAAUGUCAAGUAUGCCAGAAGUCGUAUUCUCACCCACGACUCUUAAAUCGUCACUUGCAGUCUCACACGCCAUAUAAAAAACACCAUUGCCCUCGCUGCCGAAAAGGAUUUAACGACGCUUUUGACUUAAAGCGUCACAUUAGAACACACACCGGCAUCAAACCAUUUCAAUGCCACUUGUGCGACAAAUCGUUCACGCAGAGAUGCUCUCUAGAAGCUCACUUAACUCGCGUACACAACGUUUCGCAUAAGUUCGGCUUCCGUGAACGUCGACCAAAGCUUUUCGUCUGCGAAGACUGUGGUGUCACUUUCCCUGACAAUAAUACAUUCCGUCAGCACGAGAAGGAUUUAAAGUGCGUCAAAAAGUAAAAUACUACGGUAUCGAACAUAAGUGUUAAAUGUCUUAUAUGUUUGUGUUAAAUCCGGUUACUUAGCUACAUAGCCUGAAAAGAAGGGUACCGGAUGCGUUUGUGUGGGUAUUUUCCAACGUGUUCGUGUUUCGUGAUUGUCACUGUAUGUCUGUGAUAAAUUGGAAAAUACUGUGAUUGUAGAUCCCAUACUCCCAAUGUAAAUAUACCCUUAUACCUUUACUAGUUUAUAGUUAAAAGUUUAUAUACAUAUGACAAAUGUGGAACAAGCACCUAGGUUGAGUACUGUAUUUUAUGACUUAUAUUAAGUCUUGUAAUAGUAACUCAACUAAUUUGCCUUUUCGGGCAAGCUCUAUUGUAAUUUGGUAGUUUUUAAGAAUACUUUGUUUUGCCAGCCAACACGGAUAUUGCUUCAUUAAAUUGUUGAGACCUUAAAACAAUAUCCAAGCUGGCAAUCAUGACAAAAUAUUUUUUCAUUACAUAUAUACUAAAGUAGUAUUUUGAUUGGUAUUUUAAAAUUUUAGUGUUAUUGGGUUAUUUCGGUAUGGAAUGAUUCUCACCGUUAGUUCGGCCUGUUUAGGAGGUAACUCAUUAAAUUGGUAUAAAAGUCACAAAAUGACGUUGUCAAGAUAUUGACUGUGCAAUAAAUCGUCACUAUCUUCUGAUCUUGACAGUGGAUCAGGGAAAAAACAUCAAUAGCAUUGUAAACAACGCCUUAACUCUCCUUCGUAGAAUUUCAGUAAUUAAUUUAACACAUUACACACUGUUUAAUUAAUUGGAAAAAUUCGUACGAUGGAGAGCAAUGCUUAUUAAUAAUAGGGUAGCCUUGAGUAACUUUCAAAUUCCCCGCAGUCAUUUUUAGUUAAAUCGGUUUGUGGACAGGGUUUUAUCUUUUUAAUUUUCACAAAACAACGGUUUCUCUGUCAAUCUUUCCAUCUGAAGGAUUAAAAUGGUACCAUUUAAUUUCGUUGACAAAAAUUUAUCUCCAUAACAACGCAAACAAGGCGAUCUAACGGUGGUUACACGAAUAAUCUUAUCUAACCGUAUUGUUCUUUUAAUAAUAUUUUCUAUUUUCCAAAGUCAUUAAAUCUUUUGUACAAACAUUUUAAUUCUGUUUAAAGCCUAUUUGCGAUUCGCUUUAACCCAUGAGCAAAACUUCCAACGGUUCUCUUUAAUCAGAAAAGCAAAUUAUUGACUUAAUGAGGCAAAAUAAGACAAAUCUUUUGAUCAACAGAUGUAUGAUUAUACUUAAAGGAUUAACAUCCCCAUACAUGCUUAUAGUAUGUCUUUUCUUGUUAACACCAGAAAGAAAGAACGCACCUUUGAGUCACCAGACAUGAAAGAAACGCGCUUGCUUUUGUGACGUAGUGUUGUUGUUUUUUCACUUCAAGCUCAUUGAUUCUUUAUAUCGUUGAUUUUUUUGUCGUUUAUAUAUAAAUUAAAAAGUAUUUUAACAAAAUGUGGAAACAUUCUUUAUAGCAGUUCAUUUUUAUACUCUAUGUUAGAGGACAGUUUGGACUUUGUAGUUUUGUAAUUUUUUAUAUAAAAUAUGUAAUUAUAUAUAUGAAAGGUGUACACACAGAGAAGUUGCUACAACUUUGCAAACACAGGAACACUUUUGGCAAUGACGAACAUGACUCGUACUGACAUAGCUGUAAAUACCGUCAGAAUAAAUAAAUAAGUAAAUUAAAAAAUAAAAACAAAUUCGUGACAAUUUUACACACGGUACACGUCACAGAUAGUCACGCCUUAGCUUUUGUUUUUAACAAUGUCCAGUUCAAUGUCCAGCCUUGUUUUUUCAAUUUGACGCAGACUAUUUCCAAAAUACAAACAAUUCUAUUUACUUUUAACAACUAACUCACUGAACAAAUAACAAAAAAAACGACGACGACAACAACAAUGACGAUGACACGUCGGCGACGACAGCAAUGACAUUGACGACGGCAACGACAAUGUCAUUAACGACAACUAUUUUACUACCGUUUGCAACAUCUCUCUGUGUGUUUAUUUUAAUGGUGAUUUUAAUAUCAUUUUUAUGGUAAAGUUUAGCAGGUUAGUUUAUCAGUAACAUAUAUGAACGGGUUUAUAUAAAUAUAAAAAAAAAAUACCAAAAAAAUGAUAAAUUUUUAAAAAAAAUGUUUGAAAAAAAAAGUUUGUAGUAAUUAAUAACAUUUUUGUAACUUUUUAUAUCGUAAAACAUGUAUACUCUGUAAAA